UUGAAACCUCACCGUUCCUGAACCCUAUAAAAUCCUAAUCCCUCUACACCUUAAUUCCUCACCCCACACCGUCACAUCUAUUAGUGCUACUACCCAGUAUAACUGAAAGUACAAUAACUACACACCCAGUUCUUCUAGGGUUUGAGAGAUGGCAUCCAAAACGACGUCCUCACUCGCUCUCUUCCUUGCACUCAAUCUCUUCUUCUUUGCCCUUGUCAGUUCUUGUGGCACAUGCCCCGGCCCUAAGCCGAAGCCAAAGCCAAAGCCGACACCGAAACCUAGCCCUUCCACUGGCACCAGCUGCCCUAGAGAUACCCUCAAAUUAGGGGUUUGUGCUAAUGUCCUCAAUGGGUUACUUAACAUCAGCGUUGGCAAACCUCCCGUAGAACCUUGCUGCUCUCUCAUCCAAGGCCUUGCUGACAUUGAGGCUGCUGUAUGCCUUUGCACUGCUCUCAAAGCCAACAUUUUGGGUAUCAACCUCAACAUUCCAAUUUCUCUUAGCUUGCUUCUUAAUGUUUGUGGAAAUAAGGUUCCCAAAGGUUUCCAGUGUGCCUAAAAGCUACAAAAUAUGAUCCUUCAUUUCUUUCAUCUUUAUGAUUUGGCUUUCGUACUUGUUAUAUAUUCAGUGUGAAAUUGUUGUGUAAUUGGUGAGUUUGUAAGUGGGAAUUUAUCGUUUCCUUUGUUAUGGAUGUUGCCUGAUUAAGGGGUGAUAAGAUUUAGUUACUUAAGUUUUCCUCAUCAUUAUGGGAAUGGAAUGUGUCAUUUAAUUUA